CCCAAAGUAAUCAGCUCAAAUGCCUGUUCUGCCAUUUCACGAAUCACACUCUGGAAAAAUGCUUUCAGUUUAAAAGAAAAACACAACAGGACAAGAUUCACUUUCUAAAGGAGAAAGGUGUGUGUUUUGGGUGCUUGAAAUAUGGACACACAAGCAAAGACUGUAGGAGUAGUUUGGAUUGUGAAGUGUGUCACAGGAAACACCCAUCUGUCCUGCAUGUGGAGAAGGAGGAUACUACAAGGAUAACCUGCAAAGAAACUGUGAGCAUUGUACCUGAGCAGCAGCAGACGUGUGGUCAUAUUGGGGCUGGUGAAGAGGAUACUGCUGUUUUUUCCAUUGUGGCUGUGCGGGUGAAAAGUCAGAAAAGUAAUAAAGUUGUGCAUACUUACGCUUUCUUGGACCCUGGGAGCUCUGGUACCUUCUGCACUGCAAGUCUGGCUGAAAGGCUGGGAGUAUCAGGUAAAAAUUGUAACAUUCUAUUAAAGACAAUGGGACAAACUAAAACCAUAAAUACCACUGUGAUAAUGGGUCUGGAGGUGUCUGGUUUUGAUACCGAGGAUUUUAUUGAGCUGCCAUCUGUUCUGACACAAACAGAAAUGCCUGUAUCCAAAGUUAAUGUGCCAUGUCAGGAUGAUGUUGCCAAGUGGGCGUAUUUGAGUAGCAUUAAGCUACAUGAAGUAGAUGCAGAUGUGGACUUGCUCAUUGGAACUGACUCUCCUAAAGUUUUGGAGCCAUGGGAACUAAUAAACAGCCAAUGUGGUGGACCGUAUGCAGUGAAGACCAGAGUUGGUUGGGUCAUAAACGGGCCUCUUCGUGUUGGAGAUUCUGGAGGUGCUGGUGUCAAAUCAGGAUGCACUGUUGUAACUGCUAAUCAUAUAUCUGUGGAGCACUUGGAAAAUAUGUUGAUGCAGCAGUACAAUCAUGGCUUUGCUGAAAGAACAUACGAUGAACAACUUGAGAUGUCAAGAGAAGACAUUAAAUUUAUGAAAAUUGUGAAGGAUACAACAGUGCUUAACAAUGAACAUUAUUGUAUUGAUUUACCUUUCAGAGUUGAAGAUCCUGUUUUGCCAAAUAAUCGCUGCAUUGCAUUACAAAGACUCCAAAGCCUGAAGAGGAGAUUUAACAGAGAUAUUUCAUUCAAAGCUCAAUAUACUGAUUUUGUCAACAACAUGUUGGAGCAAGAAUAUGCAGAAAAGGUUCCCACAAAUGAGCCCGCUCCAAAACAAGGAAAGGUGUGGUACAUUCCCCACCAUGGUGUACAUCACCCAACCAAAGGUAAAUUGCGUGUUGUGUUUGAUUGUGGCUGUACUUAUAAAGGUACAUCAUUAAACAGCCAGCUCUUGCAGGGCCCAGACUUCACUAACACGCUUAUUGGCGUCCUCCUCCGGUUUAGAGAAGAGCCCAUCGCUAUUAUGGCUGAUAUCAACGCUAUGUUCCAUCAGGUCCGGGUCCCACACAAGCAUGUUAACUUCUUGCGCUUUUUAUGGUGGCCCAAUGGAGAUGUUACAAUGGAGCCAGAGGAAUACAGGAUGUGCGUACAUUUGUUUGGAGCUGUAUCCUCUCCAAGCUGCUCAAACUAUGCACUGAGAAGAACUGCUGAGGAUAAUGCAUUGCAAUACUCACCCGACAUUCUCAGCACAGUCAAAACAAAUUUCUAUGUGGAUGACUGUCUCAAGUCCACUGCAACAGAGGAAGAUGCAGUGAAGCUCAUACAUGGAUUAACAUCUCUCUGUAAAAAAGGUGGGUUCCAUCUCCAAAAGUGGGUCACAAAUAGCCAAAAUGUGUUUGCACUUAUUCCCAUCAAUAUCAGAGCAGUGGGUUUGGAGAGCAUGGAUUUGGAUAGGGAUCAACUCCCUGUGGAAAGAGCUCUGGGCAUGCAAUGGUGUGUUCAAGGAGACACGUUCAGCUUCAGGACCGCGGUACAGGAACGUCCACACACCAGGAGGGGCAUCCUUUCUGUGGUGAGCUCUCUCUAUGAUCCACUGGGUUUUUUGUCUCCUUUCAUAAUCCCUGCUAAAUUAUUGUUACAGGAGCUGUGUAGAAUGAACUUCAAAUGGGAUGAGCCAGUCCCUAGUGCCGUCUCCAGACAUUGGUCUGAGUGGCUCUCUGAACUUCAGCAUAUGAGUGGAUUUAAAGUGGAACGGUGCAUUAAACCCAAGAACUUUGGAACACAAGUGAAAGCAGAAUUACAUCAUUUUUCAGAUGCCAGUCAAUCAGGAUAUGGCACUGUUUCAUACUUGAGAUUGGAGAGUGCUGACAGUGUGCAUGUUUCAUUCAUCACAGGCAAGGCUCGUGUUGCUCCUCUAAAGCAACUAACCAUCCCACGCCUUGAGCUUGCGGCAGCUGUGCUUGCAGUUCGAGUGAAUACCAUGCUGUUGAAGGAGUUACAGUUGCCAUUGCAAAGGUCAGUUUUUUGGACUGAUAGCACUACUGUUCUCAAGUACAUCUUCAAUGAAACAAAGCGCUUUCACACAUAUGUUGCUAACCGUGUCAGCACUAUAAGAGAAGCCACAGAUAAAGAUCAGUGGAGGUAUGUAAAUACCAAGGAUAAUCCUGCAGAUGAAGCAUCUCGAGGACUAAGAGCUCAGGAUUUUGGGAAAGGAAAAUGGCUAAGGGGACCAGACUUUUUGCAUUUGUCUUCCACCGAAUGGCCAAAACUUGACUUGGACUCCUCGUCCAUCACAUCUGAUGAUCCAGAGGUAAAAAGGGAACUUAAAGUGAAUGCUGUCGCAACGCACAGUGACAACCCCCUCAGUCGGCUCAUUCACUAUUUCUCAUCCUGGAGAAAGCUUAAAACAUCAGUGGCCUGGUUGUUGGUGUUGAAAGAAAGACUUUUACUUUUGAGCCGAAAGAGGAAAGAAUAUGUGGUCAAGCAGAAUGAAAAUGGGGAAAAGGAGCUUAAAAAAUUCAAAUCCACGCUUGGAACAUCCAGCUUGACACCAGAGCGUUUGGAGGAAGCCGAAAGGGCAAUAAUUCGGUUUGCACAAAACCAAAGAUUCAGCACUGAAAUUUCCUCACUACAACACGAUCCAAAGACUGUUUCCAAAGACAGCCCUCUGUAUCGCCUUGACCCCUUCAUUAAAGAUGGCAUUCUCAGAGUUGGUGGACGCCUGUCUAAAUCUGUCCUGUCAUUGGAGGUUAAACAUCCUGUGAUUCUGUCAAAAGAUCUACAUGUUUCCCAGCUCAUAUUACGUCACAUCCAUUAUCAACUUGGACAUGCUGGACGCAAUCACAUGCUUUACAGAUUAAGACAGAAGUAUUGGAUUAUAAAUGCCAACUCUGCGGCCAGGAAGAUUCUCUCACAAUGUACAGUGUGCAGAAGGUACAGAGGAAAACUUGGAGAACAAAAGAUGUCAGAUUUACCAGAGGAACGAGUUGUGCCUGAUAACGCGCCCUUUACAAAUGUAGGAGUAGACUAUUUUGGACCACUGGAUGUGAGGAGAGGGAGAACUGUGCUGAAGCGAUAUGGAGUGAUAUUUACCUGUCUGAGCAGCCGUGCAAUACAUCUGGAGGUGGCGAACUCCCUCGACACAGACUCCUGCAUCAAUGCUGUGCGAAGAUUUGUCUGCAGAAGAGGACCCGUGACAAGUAUGAGGUCAGAUAACGGCACAAAUUUUGUUGGUGCGCAGAAGGAGCUGAGGCAGGCACUGGCUGCUUUAAAUCACUCCAAAUUGAAAGGAUUUUUGUGCAGGAAGGAGUGA